UACUCAGCCGCCAGCCCCUACCUCAGUUGUUAGUUUACAGUAGUUGUUGUUGUUGUAUGUUUCAGCUUACAGUUCUGUUGAAUGACAGGUAAACCAGAUUAAAUAAUAAGGAAACAAGUAAAACCAGGCUGUAAACAAUGGCUGGGAAUUUCUGGCAGAGCUCACACUGUCAACAGUGGUUACUAGAUCCUUCUGACCUGGUUCGAGAACGGCAAGUGGAUUUUGCUGUCGUAACAGAAGAAGAUUAUCAAAAAUUAUUCAUAUUCUUCAGUAACUUCAUCCAGGUUCUCGGAGAGCAUUUGAAACUGAAACAGCAAGUGAUUGCAACUGCCACUGUGUACUUUAAACGUUUUUAUGCAAGAAAUUCUUUGAAAUGUAUUGAUCCACUAUUGCUUGCACCUACUUGCAUAUUAUUGGCUUCAAAAGUGGAAGAAUUUGGGGUAAUUUCAAACAACAGGCUCAUCACUACAUGUCAAUCAGUUGUCAAAUCUAAAUUCAACUAUGCCUAUCCUCAAGAAUUUCCUUACAGAGCAAAUCACAUUCUUGAGUGUGAAUUCUAUUUAUUGGAAAAUAUGGAUUGCUGCCUUGUUGUCUACCAACCUUAUAGGCCACUUGUCCAGUUUGUUCAAGAUAUUGGGCAAGAAGACCUUCUUGGAUUGUCCUGGAAAAUAGUCAAUGAUAGUCUAAGAACUGAUAUUUCACUCUUGUAUCCCCCAUACCAAAUUGCACUAGCCGCCAUGCAAAUGGCAUGUGUAGUGCUUCAAAAAGACGGCAAAAAUUGGUUUGCGGAAAUUGCGGUUGAUACAGAUAAAAUUCAGGAAAUAACUCGCCAAAUACUGGCGUUGUAUGAUCUUUACAAGACGUAUGACGAGAAAAAAGAAAUUCAGGGAUUGUUGGCGAAGAUGCCAAAGCCGAAAUCACAGCCAAGUCGGCCUCCCUCGUCAGCACAAUCACAGGAUGGAAUACAGGGCACAAAUGACCAAUCCAUGGGUGUGAACAACUGAUAGUAUUCUAAAUUUUUUUAAUAUUGCAACACAAAAAUUGUGUUAUGAACAAUUAUUUAAUACAUGUUUUUUUUAACAAAA